CAGUUCAUAGCUGACCACGUAGAGACCAACUCGCUGUUCCAUGAUGACAAAGAAUGCCAAGGGCUCAUCAUGGAAGCACUCAAGUAUCACCUGUUGCCAGAGAGAAGAUCAUCAUUCCAGUCGCCGCGCACCAAGCCGAGAAAGUCCACCGUCGGUGUGCUGUACGCCGUGGGCAGUAUGGAGUGCACCAAAGGUC